UUCGUUUUAUGACGUCUGCCAGUUUGUAGAUUAAUGCACAAUUGAAAUGAUCGGUGUUGUAGCUGCUUGUGUUUUAAUAUUAUUAUUAUUUUUACAGUUCUAUAAAAAUGCUUAUAGAAAACCUUAUAAUUUUCCUCCAGGACCGCCAAGUCUACCUGUUUACGGUGCCUACUGGAUAGUCCUCGCUACAGAAUUCAAUAAUUUAGCCGCCGCUUUUCGCAAGAUUGGUCACAAGUAUAAGACAAAACUCAUUGGUUUAUACCUGGGCGCCAUACCGGCUGUAAUUGUCAAUGAUUCGGAUUUAAUUAAAGAAAUGCUGAAUCGCGAAGAGUUCGAUGGCCGUAUGGACAUCAUAUUAGCUAGACUUCGUGCUUAUUGGCGGAAAUUAGGUAUAUUUUUCACGGAUAGCUACUUUUGGUACAUACAGAGACGAUUUUCUCUCCGGCACUUGAGAGAUUUUGGUUUUGGCAGGCGCGACGAGACUCUGGAAGCAGUACUAGAAAGUGAAAUAAGAGUGAUGAUUGACAUGAGCAUUCAUGGACCGAUAUACCCAGCUGAGAACGACGUGGUCAAAGGCAAACUGAUAUACUUGCCGCACUAUUUCGCUGUGCCAUUCAUAAAUGGAAUGCUCCACGUGAUGAGCCGCAUGACGCUGCCAAGGUCUGAGUACCACCUUCUAUGGGAGUUGGCUCGCAAAAGUUUAAUCUUCCAACGAAGUUCGGACGAUAUAGGUAGAGCUCUGUCACUCACUCCGUGGCUGAAAGACAUCAUUCCAAAAUGGAGUGGAUACCACGCAUUGAGAAGCAGUAAUCAAUAUCUGAUAGACUUCUUCACAAACCUUGUCAGCAAAGAGUUAAAAAGCUACGACGAAUCACAUGAACGCCAUUUUCUAGACGUUUACAUCAAAAAGAUGAAAGAGGAACUUGCUCAGGAAAAGCGGUCUACGUUUUCUGUGGAACAACUGGUGCUGGUUUGCAUCGACUACAUGUUCCCGGCGGCGUCAGCGGUGCAAGCGGUGCUAACGAUGUUGGUCGAGAGGCUCUUGCUGCAACCAGAAAUACAGGACAAGCUGCAUGAAGAAAUAGACCGCGUUGUUGGCAACGGUCGGCUACCAAAUCUUGAUGAUAGAAAAAAUAUGCUGUACACAGAAGCGUGCUUGCGUGAGAUGAUGCGGUUCGAUACACUUGUACCGUUAGGCGUACCCCAUCGGGCUAUUGUGGACACCACCAUCGGCGGAUACCACGUUCCAGAGAAUAGCAUGAUUAGUGCCAACUACGUAAUGCUGCAUAUGGAUGAAAAAAUAUGGGGCGACCCUGAGAAUUUUCGCCCCGAGAGGUUCAUUGUCGAUGGCCGCCUAAGUGUUGCCAGCGAUAAAUCUUUACCCUUCGGUGCUGGCAAGCGUUUGUGCGCGGGCGAGACGUACGCGCGGCAGUCGAUGUUCCAGGUGUUCGCAGCGUUCAUGCAGGCGUUCCGCGUGUCGCCCGCCGACGGCCACCGCCUGCGCGCCCCCUCGCGACGUAUACAGGGCAUCAUCACCACCAUACCCGAGUACUGGGUGCAAGUUACGCCCAGAAUUGUAUAAAAAAAAAUAUAAUAUAGCACCCCUAUAGACAAGUGGUAAACAAAUUUAUUAAUUGUAUUGUUUUGAUUAUUCGAUUCGAUAGCUGUAUUUCAGCAUAAAAUGGGCCAGGGGAAAGGAAGAGCUCAGGUAUCUUAAGAGGCGACUAAGAAAACUUAAUGGUCAAGGGAUAGGCAGCGGCGUUCCUCUUUCAUCACCAAGGUCAAGCGGUCAUCUUUGUGAUUUUCAACCCCUAUUGCCAAGGCCUAUGUUUAGCACUGGAUAGUUACCUGACAUGAUGAUAAUGAUCGUUUCGAUUCGCAUGAGACAUUGGAUAUCGCUAUCUCUUUCUUUCUCAUAGACUCAUCAACGAUAAAAAUUAUAUCGAUGAAUUUGCUUGCCACUUGUCUAGGAAAGCAAAUGUAUAUACAUCAUGCAUGACGCAUAGAAUCAUAAUUUUGUAGCUUUAAAAUUUGAGUAACGGGAUAUUUGUUAUUAAUUACGAGACUUUUUUAACCCGUGAGAUUUAAAAUAAGUAAUUAGAUUUAUUAUAUGUAGAUUAUUUUAUACAUAUAAUUUCUUUAUUUUAAUGACAUUUCAUUGAAAUUAAUUAAUUUUCAUUGACUUAAAAAUAUACAUCUUAUACAUCAGAGAUAUAAUGAGAUUUUCGCAGAUCAAUUACUUCUAUUCAAUUAAUUACCUAAUAAUAUAAUACAUUGUAUACGAUUUACUUGUAAAAUAGUCUAUAAUUAAUAUAAUUCGGAAUUAAAUUAAUUUUAAUACUGA